AUGAAUCUUCGAAAGGCGGAAGUGAAGCAGAAGCUCGUGAGGCCAGAGCAGCUGCUCGCGAAGAAAGAGCUUGUGAGGAAGAGGCUCGUGAAGCAGAGAAUCGUGCAGCAAUGGCUCGUGAAGAAUGCUUUGUUGAUAGGUGUAUGGCAUAUAGACGACUGCUUGCUUUUCGUACUACCGUGGACUCCAGAAGGCUCUUUCAAGAUCCCGGAGAUCUCUACUCUUCCGGUAUGGGUAAACUUGAAGAAUAUUCCUGAUUGUUGCUAUUCGAGAUUAGGGAUCAGUCAUGUUGCUUCAGGACUUGGAGAACCUAUUCUUACACACAAGCCUCGACUUGAUCCUACCAGCAUGGGUGAAGCAAAGGUUUUAGUUGAGAUGGAGUUGGAUAGAGAUUUUCCGAAUCUUAUUGCACUUGAUGAUAAACAAGGUAGUAUAUUUCUUGUUGGUGUUGAAUACACGUGGAUCCCAUCUAUGUGUGAAAGAUGUGGUAAUCUUGGCCACAAAGCAAAGAGAUGCCUUUUACCUUCUAUGCCGGCUAACGAUCCAGCCUUGCUGCCGCAGACGAAAGAUGUUCUUAGUGAUAUCCCUGUUGUGGAUAUUGAUCUUAUUCUACAUGAAAGGGAUAUUUCAGCUUCACCAUCAUCUACUAUGCAUCCAAAGGAUUCAAAGGCUAUUGAUAAUCUCUUGAUUUCUACUCCAGAGUCUUCUACCCGCGUCUUAGAAGAGGUACACCAUGUUGCUGCCUCUAUAACUUUAUCUCCUUCUCAUUCACAACAAGUGAAGCCCGUUAUUCCGCUUAACUCAGUCCAUGCUUUCUCCACAUUAGUAGAUGCACAAUCUACUCCCAUUGAUUCACAGAUUAUGGAGAACACUCCAUCAAGUAUUAUCAACAACAAGGUCCUUGAACCCUCUGUUAUUGAUCCUUUAACCACGACAACUAAUCAUUGUGCAUUUGAGAGUCCCUCUCGUUUUACAGUGUUAGAAGAAGUGGAGGAGGCUGAGAUAGAGUCUUCAAACUCGUUCAGCAUGACUAGGGGUGGGAGAGAGUCAAAGCCUCCCAUCAAAUACCAAAACAUGGAAUGGAAGACAGUACGAGGGAGAGGAAACCGUGGUCGACGAGGCCGCGGAUCCUAUCAGUAG